AGAAAUGAUGAUAACCGGAUGCAUAUAGCUCGGAAAAUGGAACAAAAAUGGAGUGGUCAUUUCUUGUUGAGGUCGAUCCCGGCCUUCUUGGCCACGGCGUCGAGGCCGUGCUUCUCGAUGGUCUUGAGGGCCUUGGUGGAGAGGCGGAGCUUGACGUAGCGCUUGCCGGCCUCCCACCAGAGCUUCUUGUACUGCAGGUUGACGAACUGCUGCUUCUUGGUCUUGUGGUUGGAGAAAGACACUUUGUUUGCCCUGUUGGUCUUCUUCUCCAGGAACGGGCAGAUCCGGCCUUAA